UUUAAUUUAACUGAGAAAGAACGUUUCUAUAAUCUCACCUGCAUCCCUGAGCUUCUUACUGAACCAACCAAGGAAAGAUCAACAGCAAACAUCCCUGUUGUCCCAACCAACAAGUUGACCAAUCAAGUACCGAAGAGCAACAUGAAGAUCCAGCCCUCCUUGUUCUUCCUGGCCCUGCUGUCUGCCAUUCCUCUUUGCCAGUCUGCUGUCCUUGACGACCGCUUCGAGAAGUUCAAAAAUCAGCACAUCAACACCGACAUGGACAGAGGGUGUGAUGAUAUCAUACAGAGUAGAAAUAUUCUUGACACAAAUUUCAAAUGUAAGACAAUUAACACCUUCAUCCUCCACCCUGUUGAGAAUGUCACCCCUGUUUGUCAAAAUGGGACACCGAUAUGUGGYAAUUUAAUGAAGAGCGAAGGGAUUUUUGACACUGUUGUUUGUAAACUCAAAGGUAACAUAAACGACAGACCUUGUCGGUACGAUUCGAGUAACAAAAGACAACAUAUUGUGAUUGCAUGYGAUGGUGGGAAGCCUGUACAUCUUGAAGACUCAAGAAGAUCGUAAAGUAUAUUUCAGUUUGCAUGAUGACACCAGGGUGGUUUAAUGUUUUGWUGUUCCUUGGUAUGUACUUUUCUAAUUUGCUAAUAAGAAAACUGCCAAAACGUUUCAAGCUUCACAUUGUUGAAACACUGUGUUUUUGUUUUGAUUGAAUAUCCACUCAAUUUAUUGUCAUUCCUUAUAUYACRCCUUAAUAAACAAAUGAACUAA